UAAAUUUAGUAAAUAAUUGUAAUUAUAAUUUGUGAGAUAAUACUGUAGAUCAUAUAAAAUAAUAAAAUUCUAAGUAUUGUUAUUAUAAUAACAUUAUGAAUAAAGUGUUUCGUAAACUAUCGGUAACUAAAUUGACGGCCAAUUUUGCCGAAGCUGUCAAAAUAGUGACCCAACCAUUGCAAGAGCCGGCAGCUAAUGAGGUGCUGAUAAAAAAUAUCUACGCCGGUGUCAAUGCAUCCGAUGUCAACAUAACUGCCGGCAGAUAUUUCACUGACGCUAAAGUACCGUUUGAUGUCGGCUUUGAGGGACUGGGAGUGAUUGCUGCUGUCGGCAAAAAUGUCAAACGAUAUAAUGUGGGUCAGCCCACACUCUAUUUAGAGACCAAAGCAUAUUCAGAAUAUGUGUACGCUAAACCAGAUAAUGUAAUACCAAUACCUGAAUUAAAACCAAAAUAUCUGACAUCACUUGUCAGUGGACUUACCGCUAGUAUAGCACUUGAUMGGUCGGGUCAUAUUAAAAAAGGCGAAACAGUUCUAAUAACAGCAGCCGCCGGUGGGACAGGUCAUAUUUGUGUCCAAUGGGCCAAAUCGAAAGGUUGUCAUGUGAUCGGAACGACAUCAUCGCCAGAAAAGGUACGACUUUUGCAGGACAUUGGAUGCGAUCGUGUAAUCGAUUACAAGAAGGAAAAUCUGAGUCAUGUCCUUAAAAAUGAAUAUCCGAAAGGUAUUGAUGUUAUUUGGGAAUCAAUUGGAGGAGAAAUAUUCAAUACAUUAGUAAAACAUUUAAAAAUUAAAGGAAGACUUAUAGUAAUCGGUAGUAUAAGUGGUUACAUAAGCGGCGGAUCCAAUAUAGACACCAAUAUAACACAACUAACUAAUAGAUUAAUAAUGAAAUCAAACUCAUUAAAUGGCUUUCUAUUGACACAAUUUACUGAAGAUUUUCCACAAUAUCUACCAAAAUUGAUGACAAUGUUAGCCAAUAAUGAAUUGAAGUCAAUAUUAGAUUUUGGUGACAACUCUAGUGACGGACAGUUUGCUGGCAUUGAGUCUGUUAUGAGGGCUGUCGAGCAUUUGCAUAGUGGAAAAAGCACCGGAAAAGUAGUCGUUAAGAUACAGGAGCCGUAAAAAUGACUGAAAAGUACAUUUGAGAACUUAUUUUGAUAUAUUAGACAACAAAAUAUUGAAUUCACAUUUUUUACUAAUAAAAUUUGCUUAUAUCUUAAAAAUAG